ACCUCUUUGAUUGUUCAAGAUAAUUCCUUUUUCCAAAGUCUCAUUGUUUAAUCAAAAUAUGAAUAGGAAACCCACGUCCUCAAUUCCACCAAUCACCGCAUAACACGUAUUUUAAGUGGGCUCCAUACCCACCAGCACGUGCAACAAUACCCACCUUGUCUCUCUCUUUCUCUCUCUCUGAGCCUCAGAGUCCGUGCUUCGUCCGAAGGUUUUCAACCCUGCUCAAGCACAGCAUUUUUGCAGAAAACGGGAAGGAGAGAGCAUUGAAUUUGAAUCUCCAAAGAGUUGCUAAUUUUAAUGAGUCGCUGAUCAAAUAUCAGGAUACAUUGCUUUGUCGGAUAGUCUAUUCUAUGAAUUUACUGGACAUCCAUCAGUAAUUUUUGAAAAUUGAGACUACUCUAGGCUUAAGAAUUAUUAAACAUUAUGUUAAAUUUCUGGUUUUGGAAGAUAAUCGUUUUCACUAGAUGUUAGGGAUAAGAGACACCCAGUUAUCUUAGACUUCUUAGUGAGAUAGGGACCACUAAGGAUAUGGAUUUUAUGAGCAUUGUCACACAAAGCAAGGCCGCCCCAAUUAUACGAUAACGCCUUUCAUCAGCUUCUGACAUUUCCCUUAUCCUUUUGUUUCUUCCUCCAAAACAUGGUCUUCUUCAUUCAAGAAAAAGGAUGAAACAAUGCCCUUGUUUGUUACCAUGAGAUGUUAAACUUAAAUUUAUGAUAAAUUUUGCUAUAUAUAAAUUAUAUAAUCUGGCUUUUGGUUCUAGUUUUUCAUGUUAUUUUAAAUCCCUCUACGCUGGUUCACUCAAUUCCACUCUUUGUAAGUCUUGAAAGGCAAUGUACCCGGGUGGUUAUACUGCAGAAGUUACAAGCUUAUCUCCAAAAGCAACAGAAAAGGAUGUUUAUGAUUUUUUCACUUAUUGCGGUGCAAUUGAGCAUGUUGAGAUCAUCAGGGCUGGUGAACAUGCCUGUACUGCAUAUGUGACGUUCAAAGAUGCUUAUGCUCUGGAAACCGCUGUCUUGCUCAGUGGUGCUACCAUUGUGGACCAGCAAGUAUGCAUAACACACUGGGGGACAUAUACAGAUGAAGAUGAUCACUGGAAUAGUAGUUCAUGGAACCAUGAAGGCAACAGUGGUUCAUUGGUUUACCAUACAAAUCAGUAUGUGUCUUCCCCUGGUGAAGCGGUGACAGUGGUGAAAACUCUGCUGGCCAAGGGAUAUGUGUUAGGUAAAGAUGCAUUAGUCAAGGCCAAAAAUUUUGAUGAGUCUCAUCGGGUAUCGGCUACCGCAGCAGCCAAGGUUGCCGAGCUUAGCAACAGAAUUGGACUCACUGAUAGCAUUUCUUCAAGUAUGGAAGUGGUCAAAUCCGUGGAUGAGAAAUACCAUGUUACGGAUAUCACAAAGUCGGCUGUAACAGUGACCGGGACAGCAGCUGUAAUGGCAGGAAAAGCGGCUGUGGCAGCAGGUAGUGCUGUUGUAAAUAGCAGCUAUUUUGCUAAAGGAGCUCUUUGGGUUUCAGACAUGUUUGGUCGUGCAGCCAAAGCUGCAGCUGAUAUGGGUACUCAUAAAUAAGUUAAGAAACAAAACAAAAACAAUAUUUCCUUAAUCUGUUUUAUCUUUGUUAACCAUGUACAAAUAAGUAGUUUUUUGUUAAGAAACAAAACAAAAACAAUAUUGCCUUGAUCUGUUUUAUCUUUGUUAACCAUGUACAAAUAAGUAGUCUUUUAUCUUGUAUAUCUGGUUUACCUUCUAUUUUUAUGUACAAUAAUUGGCCUUUCGUAAUGUAUUGGCCUAGUUUAGAAAUAUUAGAUUUAUCAACUUUUAAGAAGUCUUUCAAA